GAGCUUUCCUAUAGGCGACAGCCCGUGCAGCCCGGCUCUCGCACGCUCCCGUCCGAGAUGACUAGUCUCUGCCCUGCCUUCUGCUCUUCAGGUCCUUGACAGGCGCCGGCCUGUGUCCCUGUAAAGAUGAAGAUGGGUUCCUCAUUUGCCAAUGCAACAUUCCAGUCCAAAAUAACAGAAACAGCUGACAUCAUGGUUGGAACAUGUUAUAUGGUAUUUGGAAUAUGCUCCUUUUGUGGGAACACUGUUCUCCUGUAUGUUUCAUAUAAGAAAAAGAAUUUGCUGAAACCAGCAGAGUACUUCAUAAUCAACCUUGCAAUCAGUGACCUUGGUAUGACUCUGACCUUGUGCCCCCUAGCUGUAACAUCCAGUUUUUCACACAGAUGGCUGUAUGGUAAACAUGUUUGCUUGUUCUAUGCAUUUUGUGCUGUAUUGUUUGGGAUCUGCAGUAUGUCGACGCUGUCGUUAUUGAGUAUCGUGUGCUGCCUCAAAAUCUGUUUCCCGGCUUAUGGGAACAGAUUCAAGCAAGACCAUGGUCGAAUCUUGUUAACCUGUGCUUGGACCUAUGCAGCAAUAUUUGCCUUUUCACCUCUAGCUCACUGGGGAGAGUAUGGAGAAGAACCGUAUGGUACCGCUUGUUGCAUUGACUGGCAUUCAGCUAAUGUCAGUGUGGUGGCAAUGUCUUACAUAGUAGCUGUCUUUAUCUUCUGCUUUAUCCUCCCAUGUGGGGUAAUUGUCACAUCCUACACCCUUAUUUUAAUAACUGUGAAAGAAUCCAGAAAAGCAGUGGAACAGCAUCUCUCAGGCACCACCAGGAUGAGCAACAUGCAGGCUAUUACAAUCAAGAUGAGUGCUGCUGUAUGCACUGGAUUUUUUGCUGCAUGGAGUCCAUAUGCUAUCAUAGCCAUGUGGGCUGUCUUUGGAUCCACGGAGAGGAUUCCUCCACUAAUUUUUGUUGUGCCAGCUGUCUUUGCAAAGUCCUCAACACUCUACAACCCUGUUGUUUAUCUUCUCCUGAGGCCUCAUUUCCGAAAUACCAUUGCCCAAGACUGUGCAGAUCUUCAGCAAUUAUGCAUCAGGACUUGCUUUUGUCUUAAAGCCCUACCGAACUGGAGCUACAGAUCAGUUCUGGACGUCAGGCUGAAAACAUUUAAAGGGCGAAAUGAAUGCAGCUGUAACUCUGUGCAGACUGUAGAAGGAUGCUCCCCCUAUCUCCCAUGUGAAAAGUGCGAUGAUACUUUUGAAUGCUUUAAGAACUAUCCAAAAUGCUGUCCUGAAAGGUUCAGUACUAUAGAGUGCACUACUCAAGAAAAUGUGUCCUUUGAAAAUAACUUCCAAGUUAAAGUGAAGCAGGGCACCAAGAAAUCUGUAAGAGUGGUUGUUGGAGGAGAAAAAAGAUCUGAAACUGACCAUUUGGAAAUAACUUUAGAAGCAACACCUGUGUGCAGUAGAUUUACAGACCUUUAAGGUUUGUUAAAUAAAACCUUCCAGAAAGUAAUGAACUUAUGAAUGCAACCUUUGCUAAACAUCACUUCCACCAUUCCCUUUUCUAUACAGUUCUCCUGACUCCCUUCUGUCAUCUGAUAAAAUGUUUUAUAUUCUGUGGGUUCAAGACACACAACUUUAAUGUAGAUAAGAAAGUUUUAAAACAUGGCCUGCUGUUUUAAGUAUUGCAAAAAUUAAAAGAUAAAUGCUAUGUGAAAUGCUUGUUUUCCAAGAACGUAUAGAGGAUAAGUUGGCAUUAUGUCACUGAUGCUAGCAUUGGCAGCAAAGAACAUUUUGUUCCUUGCAUUCGAGAGACAAAAAGGCAAAUUCUGCUCUG